AUGGCAGUGGGAAUGGGAGUGAGGAGUGAAGGUGGAGAGGGGUACAAUGGAAGGAUGACAUCCUUUGUAGUGUUAUGUUGCAUGAUAGCAGCCACUGGAGGUGUCAUCUUCGGCUACGAUAUUGGAAUUUCAGGUGGAGUGACCUCAAUGGAGCCAUUUCUGAAGAAAUUUUUCCCAGAGGUGAAUACUAAGAUGAAAGAGGACACCGAGAUUAGCAACUACUGCAAAUUUGACAGCCAAUUGUUGACCUCAUUCACAUCCUCCCUAUAUUUGGCUGGCCUCAUCGCUUCCUUUUUUGCCUCACCAAUCACUAAAGCUUUCGGACGCAAGCCAUCAAUCCUUGCAGGAGGGGCUGCAUUCCUCACAGGUGCAGCUCUCGGUGGUGCUGCUUUUAAUGUGUACAUGCUAAUAAUUGGCCGCGUCUUGCUUGGCGUUGGGGUUGGCUUUGCAAACCAGGUAUUUAGCUAUUCUUUCCAUUUUUUAGGAUUAAUUUUACUUUCUUUGUUCUUAGUUCGUCAAGUUAGCAUCAACCCUACUAGUAGUUUUUUAAAAUGUUUACUAGCUACUAAGAAAAAGAAAAAUAUUAAUGUCAAUUUCAUUUGUUUUCUCACAUUUUUUAAGUUUGCAACAAUUGAUAUUGAUGAGCAUAGCCAGUGGUUUGAUAACGGUCCCUUAAGAAAUCCUAAAUUGCUUUGGCAGGAGAAGCAAUUUGAGCAUCAUCCUGGAACCGGCCAAACUGGAGAUGAAUUGAGGGAACUGAGGUAG